AUGGAGUUGUUAGGAAGGUUGUCAGUAGGGGCAGGGGGCAGCAAAGGGGACAGCAGUGGCGAUCUGGGCGCGCCUCUGGUCUCCGCGCCCUUCCCCAAGGCGUCUGAUCCGGCGCCAGUGGUGGUGAGUGCGAGAGGGGGACCGUAUGGGGGGUUCUCUCUCCUGAGGGGCAGGAAGUGCGGAAGGGGCAGCAGAGGGGGCGGCAGUGGUGAUCUGGGCGCGUCUCUGAUCUCCCUGCCCUUCCCCAACCCCAAAGCCUCUGAUCCGGCUCCUGUCGUGUUCUUCCACGUGUGUGUGGGAGUGCGGUCGCCCCGAGGCAUCACCUCAGUCACUCGUGUUCCCAGGAGAUUCUCCGACUUCAUCAAUCUCUACAGCAUGCUUCUGCGCUCCUUUGAUCGUCGCCGACUCCCCGCCCCUCCUCCCAAGCUGCCACUGCAAAGAAUCUCCACCGACAGCCACCGUCUGGAGCAGCGGCGCCGUGCUCUAGAUGUGUGGCUGCAGCAGCUGCUGGAUGAUGUGGAGGUGUCCCGCUCUCGCCCCAUGGCGGCCUUCCUCGAGCUGGAAAGGGUCGCGAGAGCAGCAGCAGCAGCUCCACCCCCCACCCGCCCUCCCCCCCAGCGCCUGUUGCACCUUUCAAACGCUCCCCACCCUUUUUCCCCUGUUCCCCCUCUGCCUCAACCGCAGCAGCAGCAGCAGCAGCAGCAGGAGGAGGAGGAGGAGGAGGAGGAGGAGGAGGAGGAGGAGGAGGAGGAGGAGGAGGAGGAGGAGGAGGAGGAGGAGGAGGAGGUCAAGAAGGAGGAGAAGGAGGAAGAGUGGGAGUGGGAGGCUUAA